GGCGAACUUUCGGGGGUCUUGACGCAGCUGGUUCACUUCUGGCUUCGUGGCUCAUUGAAUCGAUGAGGCAUCCUAUAUUUGUCGAUAACGCUAAACUGCACAAGGGUGAAAAUGUCGUACUUAAUAGCCACACUUGCGGCUGUUUUGCUGCUCACUUCAGAGGCUUCCGGGAAAACUGUUACGGGACUUUUUAAGAGCGAAGCGGCGAGACAGCAGAAGGGCCAGUUCAUCACUAAAUUCAUGUACCAAGCUGGCAGCGGUCUGCUGGUGUGCCGGGUGGACAGCUCAACGCUGGCUAAAGAGAGAGAGUCCAGACUGCUGCUGUAUCAGGAUAUGGACUCGGAGCUGGACAACCUCAGCUGCUCUGAGAGGCUCGCCAAAGCCGACGUGACCAUUACACUCAGUCAAGAAGAGCACAACCAGACAAUCCCUCGGCAGUCUUCGCCCACAGCCUGGCAGAUCCUGUAUGCUGACAGAUAUACAUGUCAGGAAAACGUAUUGAUUGCCGGCCACGCUGAUCUUGAUUUCACUGUCCUGCUGUUUAAUGCCGACUCAGCUGGAAACCCUCUGGAGCAUUUCAGUGCAGAGGAGGCAGGGCUCCACAGUUUUUACUUCCUCCUGCUGCUGGCCUACUUCAUCGCCUGCUGCAUCUACAUCCAGCCUCUGUACCAGGCUCUGAGGAAAGGAGGACCCAUGCACACCGUCCUCAAAGUACUGACCACAGCGCUGGCUUUACAGGGCUGCUCUGCGCUCUGCAACUACAUCCACUUGGCCAGGUAUUCCAGAGAUGGAAUUGGUCUUCCACUGAUGGGCAGCCUGGCUGAGUUCUGGGAUAUGGUGUCCCAGGUGUCCAUGCUGUACAUGUUACUGAGUCUGUGUAUGGGCUGGACUCUGAGCCGAGGCAGGAAGCCUCAGUCCAGACCUCUGCAGUGGGAACAGUCUCCGGCCUCCACGGCUGUAGCUGUUGGUGGAGUUAUUACACAGGCGGCGUUGCUGCUGUGGGAGCAGUAUUCAGAGUCGGAGAGUGAACACCACAGCUAUCACGCCCAGCAGAGUGUGGCCGGUCUCCUCCUCAUGGCUCUGAGAGUGGGCCUGGCCCUCCUGCUGGCCUCCAUCCUCUACCAGAUCAUCUCCACCGAGAGGAGCACCCUAAAGAGAGACUUUUAUCUCAGCUUUGCAAAGGGAUGCUUCCUGUGGUUCCUCUGUCAUCCCAUCCUCGUCCUCAUGUCUGUGAUCUUCAACGAACAUCAGAAGGAAAAGGUGGUGACCAUCGGGGUGAUCCUCUGCCAGUCCAUCUCCAUGGUCAUCCUCUACCAGCUCUUCCUGUCUCGCUCUCUUUACUGGGAGGUGUCCUCUCUUUCCUCAGUCUCCCUACCCCUCACCAUGUCCAGAACGAACCACAGGGCGCGCUACUGAGCAUGUACACAAUCACAAUUUUCCUAAUAAUGAAUAUCACGAGCUAAGGGUGGAUGUGCCAUGAUGCUGUGAGGCUUCUCCUCAAAAAAUAUGUGCUCAAAUGCUGCAGGGACUGAUUUUCUUUGCAGUUAACUGUUUCCUGGGAGAACUUCUGUAGUUACUAGGAAGCAAGUUACCAAGAAAUCAUUGAAAGAGGGUGAACAGAGGAUGAUUUAUGUACAACAACAGCCUACCUCUAGUUUUAAGUGAUUUUUGACUGGAGCCAGCAUGAGCACUGCUGAACAGGAGCAGGGGAGAACCGUCUGUCAGGCGGUUUCUUUGGUUCUCUAUGACGCCAGCCAAAAUACCACUGAAACAAAAGAAAAACGAGGACGGAUGAAGACAGCCGGCCAGGACUGAGAUUAAGGAUGCAUCACCUAGAGAGACGCAGAUGUCAGGAAAGAAAAAGGAAGCGAAGAUUUACUCCUCACAGGGCUGAACGUGGAGAUGGCUGCCCGGGCCUCACGGACGCGGGCCAAGAUUAAAAUACUCGAGAGCAUUUUACUUCUGUUCUUGGAUUUGAUUAUAACACAAACAAAAGCAUCAUCGAUUUACUAUCAAGGAAAAAACAAAGACACUAAUAUUUAGGUCUGGAUUCAAGAAGCCUUUGUCUCAUUGAGCUUUCCCUGCUCAUUAAAGCUGCAACGACUUGGAUCAAAGCCACGAAGGAUGGAAAAGUCUCAGUUUGUGUCUGAGGCUGGCGCUUUAUAUCAGAUUAAGGAUAACCCCAUGAACUAAGCAAAACCGAGGAUAUGCUACUCUCUGACUGACCUACGACCUCUAGUUUCUAUACUUAGAAACUAAGGCCUGGUUGGCUGAGCAGCCACGAAGGCUCAUUGGUGUGUUUCUGGUGCAGCUCUGUGGCACGGAGGUAUUUCGAGCCACUGUUGAUUUUGGUUUUCUCAUGCUAGCCGUUACAUGUGUUAGGAUCGAUCGAGAUGGGCAGACAGACGGAUGGACCAGCGGAAGUUUGAACAGAUGGAUGCAGCAUGUGUUCUGUAAAGCAAUGGAUUGUUACUCUGUAAACUGAGAAGGACGCGUGUACUUUGAUUGUGCAAAGCCAAAGUGAAGAAGACGAGCCAAAACAUCAGCAUUUACACACAAGCAUACAGCUGCACCUUAACUUGGGUGCUGACAUGACUUCAUGAGCUGAGAGCAUGUGAGACUCUAAAUUGUGUAGCUUAAGAUGCGUUGCAUGGCUAACCCAUUAUUAAAAAAAUCUUAAGUAUAAAAAAGAUCAGGAGGAACUUAAGUCUACUUGGUGGCUUCAAAUGAAUUUCACUGUGUAAAUACAUUCGAACCCCACACGUCCAUUCCUGUGUCAUCAAGUUAUUACUGUACAUGAGGCUCAUUAAAUGAGAUAUUAGUGUUAUAUAAGAGCCAGGCAGAACUGAACUGUACUGUCAUGUAGGACAAGUCCCACUUAGCAAACUGACAGCUAAUAUAUUUAUUAAUCAGCUAUUUAUUUCAAGAUCAGCACGUUAUAAAGAAGCUUUGGUUGCAGUUUCAUGUUUGGUAUGUUUUUGCAGAUUCUUUUUAUUUGUCUCCUAAAUCAUAAAUUGAUUCUUUUUCAUUCAUUGAAAACAAAUAAUGUAUAGUGUAGCAUUAAGGUGCAGUACGUUUACCUGGAUACAGUCAAUCCAGGUCCUUCUUCUGAGAUAGAAAAGCUGGGGUGAAAAUAUAAUUGGCAGCUUUUUAAGUAGCACAGUUGAGCCAACUUCAUCUAAAACAAACACAGACACACCUCCCAUUAUAAUUUUAAAUAUGUGCUAUAAUCCUUAUUGAAAACCAGUAUAUACUCCUCCUCAUUUAUGAAGUUCUACUUGACUAUGAGCCUGCGUGGGUUAUUUUUUAAUCUCAAAAUGUGCAACCUUGUUUAAAUCAGCUUACAGAUUGGUUUCUACUGAAAAAGUGCACGUUUUUCUUAUAUCCAUGCAUAAUUUACUGUCUGCACACAGGAUGUGAGCCAGUGCAUCCUGUAUGCAUCAUUUUGUCCUUCAAUGACAAUCUUAUUUAUGAGGCCACCAGUUAUACUGUAUACUUUAAAUGCUCAUCCUUCAGUUAGAGGCAAAGUGCAUUUUGUUUUGUAGUGUUUACAUUUCACACUUCAGUUUUCUUAUAUUAAUUUUUUUUUACAACCUGUGGAAAUAUUACACCUGUGAUCAUGACAACUGUAAUAAAAUAGAUC